GAUCUCUGUGACGAGAGCCAGAUGGAGUUUGACCAAUAUCCGUUUGUCCACACCGCUUUCAAGCUGAACGGAACCACACCCUGUCCAUUCACAGGUACGGGGGCUGGCCAGAAUAUGGGUGGUUUUAUUUGAAUGCCUUAUUACAAUGCUUCUCAGGCAUUUUUUUUUUAGUGUUAAGACUACCGGAAUUUAUCCAUAUUGCAGCAAUUUUGCAUUAAACGAUUUUUUUUCUUAAUAAAGUAUCAAUUAACGGACUGCCAAACUCCACUUUGAGAAGGACCACUUUAUUUGAUAUAAUGACAUUCACAUUAUGGUCUCAUGUUUCACUCUGCCACUCUGAUUCCUUAUUUUCUCAUGAUCGUUCCUCUGUUACACAUGUCCGCCAGGUGGCUACAACAUGAACGCCUUCUACGCCAAUGGCAGCCUCGUGUGUCACGAUCUUCUGUCCAUGAGAUUUGAAAGUGAAUGCGACAGAGGGAGUGGCAUCGUUUUCAACUUUAGGUGAACUUUGAACUUUGACAUUAAUCACUUAUGCAAAUGUGUUUCUUUUUUUUUUUAAAGUGAUUUGGUGAAAGAAUAUACGAAUAAGUUUAAAAUUUCUCAAAACACAAAGCAUGGUAAUUAUUUAAAAAAUUCGUUUCUCUCUUGUUUAUAAUAACGAUUUCCAAGGGGAAGGAAUAACUCGAAUGACGUUAUAUUGAAAUAAGCUUAACCAUUGCAAGGGAAAUAACACAGCAAAAAGAAUAACAAUAAAAUUGUUUCAUAAUGGCUAUUUGAGUAGUAUCCCUUUUCUAUUAGUUGGGGGAAAAUUACUUUGUUAUUGCAAAUUGAGUAAUUAUUCAGAUAUAAAUACACAAAUAUAAAAGCUCCAUCACAGUCCAUCCCAUUUUCAAUAGAAUUUUAUGUUUUACAGCUUUACGGAAAGAGCAACUUCAAAAGAAGAUGAAUAGAUAAUGAUAUAUAUAUAUAUAUGACACUACCGAAUCUAUUAAGUAUGCAAAAUAUAAAAAGCUAAAUACUAUAUUGCACUGAAACACCAUUAAAGAUUAUGACCCAAAAAUAAUAUUCAUUUAAGAAUUUAAUUGGGACAGACAUGAUAUUUAUAAAGAAUUUAAUUGAGACAGACAUGCUGUUUGUAAAGAAGUUUAUUCAGACAGACUUUAUCUUUAUAAAGAAGUUAACCGAGACGGACAUGAUAUUUAUAAAGAAGUUGAUUGAACAUACAUGCUAUUUACAAAAAAACGUUAAUUGAGACAGACGACAUGAAUUUCAUAAAGAAAUUAGCUGUGACGGACGUUUGAGCUAUCGGUAAACGAAGAUGUCCCAGGCAAUUAUUUGUAUCCCAUGUGUUCCAUAGGAAAAGCGAGUGCACCCCAAGACUGGAUUCAUCUAAGGUGAAGGACAACCAAAGUCCUCUUUUUCACACACAGUGUGUUACCCACUGGACAUAUGGGGAUUUUACCUUUAUCAUACUUCAGGUAACUGAUUUAACAACAACAACAAAAAAAAAGGGGGGGGGGCGGGGGGAUACCUUUAAAUAGUGCAGGUCACUGAGUUGACAUACCUUUCUAACGUUGCAGAGAACUGAGUUGACAUAAGGUAAUAUUACCUUAUUACCUUCAUCCGUAUAAUAGCGCAUAUAAUUAAUAUGGAAAAAGAUGGGGUUUACUUUGGUAACUGCUGGCUCUGCAGAUACAUAUCCAGAGUAAAUAACAAGGCAAAUAAGCACAAGGCGUACGCCAUGCCCGUUUUCCAAUGGUAAUUUGGCCAAGAUCAGAGUGUGGUAUCUUUUCCCGUCAGGUGACCAAACCUGUUUUGGGUGGCUCGUGAUAUCUCGCUUUGUGUCUGGUCAUAGCCGGGAAGAACUGUGAAAUAAUGAGACAGCGGCAUGGCGGCAAGGCCAACAGGUCUGAAAGGCCAGACUAGCAUAUGGUGGCUGCCCCCACCCCCAGCACCCCUUCGCCCGACCCCCCGAUCCCCCCCCCCCAUACUUAGAAAAAGGAAUAAUAAGUUAUUGAUAAUCAUCUUCAUCUAAUGUUAAAUAAAAUACACGUAGACAAAUCCAUAGUAUACCAGGUUUAUUCACAUCAUCACGUUUUCCAAACAAACUUAAAAGGCUACUUCAAUUCAUACGACAUCUUAAUUACCUUACGGCUGACUUAAUGACAUUUGAAAUUUUGUGUAAAGGUAAAAAAAUAUAUAAAAAAUUAACAUAUUUCAUUAUUUCAAGUUGGUGGAAGAUGAGGACAAACAUUUUUGUUUGAGAACCGUUGACCCGAUGAACAACAUCCGGGAAGCCCACCUGUGGCUGAAGGUCAACUGCGACAUGUCGCCGAACCUCGGCACCGACUCCUCCCAGAACUACAUCCAACUCAAGCUGGAGAAACGCCUUGUCUCGAGCACGUGCUUCGACGAGUUGGAUUUCUGCGAGGGGACCAACAUCUGCGAGGGUGAGACGAGGCAGUACUGCUCACAGAAAUGUAACCAGUGCCGGACGGAGAACCAGAUUGGUCAGUGCGCCUUUCAGGAGGAGUUCCGUGGACGGUGGGUUACUGUGGGUUAUUGGAGUUACUGGAGGUUACUGGGGUUACUGGAGGUUACUUGAGGUUAAUGGCGUUACUGGCGUUACUGGAGGUUACUGGAGGUUACUUGAGGUUACUGGGGUUACUGGAGGUUACUGGGGUUACUGGAGGUUACUGGAGGUUACUGGGGUUACUGGAGGUUACAGGGGUUACUGUGUUACUGGAGGUUACUGGGUUGUUGGGUUACUGUGAGUUACUGGAGGUUACUGGAGGUUACUGGGGUUACUGGAGGUUACUGGAGGUUACUGGAGGUUACUGGAGGUUACUGGGGUUACUGUGUUACUGGUGGUUACGGGGUUGGUGGGUAUACUGGAGGUUACUGGAGGUUACUGGAGGUUACUGGGGUUACUGUGUUACUGGAGGUUACUGGGUUGCUGGGUUGUUGGGUUACUGUGAGUUACUGGAGGUUACUGGAGGUUACUGGGGUUACUGGAGGUUACUGGAGGUUACUGGGGUUACUGUGUUACUGGAGGUUACUGUGUUACUGGGAGUUACUGGGGGUUACUGAGGUUUUUUGAAUUAAUGGAGGUUACUGUAUUACUGGAGGUUACUGGGGUUACUGUGUUACUGGAGGUUACUGGGGUUACUGUGUUACUGGAGGUUACUGGGGUUACUGGGGUUACUGUGUUACUGGAGGUUACUGGGGUUACUGUGUUACUGGAGGUUACUGGGGUUACUGUGUUACUGGAGGUUACUGGGGUUACUGUGUUACUGGAGGUUACUGGGGUUACUGUGUUACUAGGUUAUUUGUGUGUGUGAAAUUUAAAAAAAAAUAAAAUGUUUUUGGUUGGGGUGUUUUGUGAGUACUGCAAUUAAAGUGUGUGUGGCGUGUUUAACUUUGUGUGUGUUUCAAUGCAGUGUAUGCAUAGCUCUAUGUGUUUAUAGAUCGGUGUGCGUAUAGUCAAGUGUGUAUGAUUAUUUGUGUCUAGAUCUUUGUGUGUUAAUUUAAUAUUGGGUAUAAUGAAUAGAUCAGUGUUUCUAUAGUUGUUUGUUCGCAAAGAAGGCUUUCUGCCGACACGUUCGUUGUUGUGUUUUUUUUUUACUUCCUUUUUUUUUCACGGUUUUCAUGUACUUUGUUUCGCUCAUUUCCUUUUUUUUCCUCGCCCAUAGUUGGAUCGACAGUGGCAAAGAUGCUGACAUCAGCAUUGAGGUGGAGUCCUACUCUGUCAAAGCCGGGAUACUGGGCAGCUACGAGUGUCUGAACCUGCAGAGCGAGGAGCACAGGGACAAGAAGGUGCUGCUCCAGCUCUACAGUAACGGUUGCGUACCGCGCUACGCGUGCGUGGAGAUGACCAAGGCCACUUCCUCCGUGAUGAAAUUUCGCCUCGGCGACCGGAUCAACUGGCCGCUG